AUGCCCGAGGAGCGACCCAGGCUCAAGAAGCCCGCCAACACGGCGUUCAAACAGCAGCGAUUGAAGGCAUGGCAGCCCAUCCUCACCCCCAAGACCGUGCUUCCAGCCUACUUCAUCAUCGGUGCAAUCUUUAUUCCGAUCGGCAUCGCCCUCUAUAUCGUGAGCGACCAGGUCAACCAGGUCGUCUUUGACUACACCAACUGUGAUCAAGGCGUUGCCAACGGCGGCGCAAGCCAAGUGGCCUUGAGCCCGCCGCUCAACACCAUCGACAACCCCAUCAUCGCCUGGGUCUACAACGCCACCACCAACCAGUGCACCAUUCAGUUCAAGAUCAGCCAGACUUUUUCCCAGCCCGUGUUCAUGUACUAUCGCCUCACCAACUUUUACCAGAACCACCGCCGAUACGUCAAGUCCUUUGACUCCAGCCAACUGCAGGGGAGCCAGAUGACAGUCUCGCAGCUUAGCUCAAACUGUGCUCCCCUCCUCGACGCCUCGGGGGUGUGGGCGCCGGGUGCCCAGUACUAUCCUUGCGGCCUGAUCGCCAAUUCAUUCUUCUCUGACAACAUCUCCAACCUCACCUGCGUCAACGUCACCGGAGUAUGUUCCAACGGCGUCGUGCUCGAUUCCACCAGGAACGUGUACGGCUUUACCGAGCAGGGCAUCGCUUGGCCCUCCGACGCCCAAAAGUAUGGCCUGACGGCCUGGGCCUCGGCCACUGAUGCCGUGAUCAAUGCCACGCUCGUCCCGCCGCCCAUGUGGCAGCUGCGAUAUCCAAAGUGGGCCAACGGAUACAACUCGACCAAUCUCCCGCAUCUCGGCAAGAUGGAGCGGUUCCAGGUCUGGAUGAGGACCGCGGGGCUGCCGACGUUCAGGAAGAUCUGGGGAAGGAACAUCUCGAGCGACCUCCCUCCUGGCAUCUGGCAGGUCACGAUUGACAUGGAAUACAACGUCGCCACCUUCAGCGGCACCAAGUCGAUUGUCAUCUCGACCGUCUCUGUCAUGGGUGGCAAGAACCCGUUCCUCGGCGUCGCCUACAUCUUUGUCGGAUGCGUCUGCUGGAUCCUUGGCAUCGGCUUCCUGGCCCGCCACAUGAUCAAGCCCAGGAAGCUCGGCGACCACACCUAUUUGUCGUGGAACCAGCCGGCAAAGAAGGGACAGGAGGGCGUCGAGCGCGCCGGCCUCAUGGGCAACCAGCAAAAGUAGAGACACUGGCGCAAUGGGAUCUGUGUGCUCUUGAGCGUCGGUGAUGCGACCAAGAGUAUGUCUGGGUCGGCAAGUGGCGGUGCGGCGAUCCAUGCAGACCGAAUAGAGCCU